AUGGAACUGGGAAGGCGGCGGUUUUCUACGAGCCCAGCAAAAAAUCAUGGGCAUCUCGAUCCGCCUAAACUUGGAGAAGAGCUGCACGUCACAUUUAUCGACAAAGAUGGCGAGAGGCAUGAGUUUGAAGUGUCCAAAGGCGACAAUCUGCUUGAUAUAGCGCAGGCUAAUGAUUUGGAGAUGGAAGGUGCGUGUGGAGGUUCCUGCGCCUGUUCUACAUGCCAUGUAAUCGUCGAAUCCGAAGAUAUGUACGAUAAGAUCCCCGAGGCGACCGAUGACGAGAAUGACAUGUUAGACCUCGCUUUUGGGUUAACCGAAACAUCGAGGUUGGGAUGCCAGGUGCAGAUGUCACCAGAACUCGACGGGCUGGUGGUGAGACUGCCCCAAAUGACACGCAACAUGCAAGCUUCGGAUUUUGAAAAGCGAAGCUGA